AUUAAUUGGUCUAUUUUCUGGUCUCACUUUGCUGUAUGUAUCUCUAUUCUCUAUCAUUAUCAUGUGACUGAUAGAUUCUUCUUCACACUGCAAACACUGAGUCAUUACUCAAAAGGACUAAAAACUUGGUUCUAUGGAGAAAGGAGCAAUGGUUUUUCCUUUUCCAAUAGCAGUUUCUUGUCUUUUUAUUAUCGUCCAUAUUUUUGCUAAUUCUGUUUCAGGUAGCCUAGUUUUCAACUUCUAUGCAGCUUCAUGCCCCACAGCAGAACUCAUUGUGAGAAACACAGUCAGUUCAUCUUCUUCUUCUGAUCCUUCAAUUCCUGGGAAGCUACUUCGCUUGGUUUUCCAUGAUUGCUUUGUGGAGGGAUGUGAUGCCUCUUUGAUGCUACUAGGGAAUAAUACUGAAAAAAGUGAUCCAGCAAAUAGGUCUGUUGGAGGAUUUUCGGUUAUAGAAUCAGCAAAAAGAGUCCUUGAGUUCCUUUGUCCUGGAACAGUUUCUUGUGCUGACAUAAUUGCUUUGGCUGCUAGAGAUGCUGUUGAAAUUGUCGGUGGUCCUAUGAUUGAAAUUCCCACAGGGAGAAGAGAUGGAAUGGUUUCAGUUGCUUCAAAUGUCAGACCCAACAUUUUGGACACCAGUUUUACAAUGGAUGAGAUGAUUAACCGUUUCUCUAGUAAAGGGUUGUCCUUAUUUGACCUUGUCAUCCUUUCAGGGGCUCACACCAUAGGAGCAGCUCAUUGCAGCUCAUUCAGGGAUAGGUUCCAAGAAGACUCAAAGGGAAAGCUCACACUCAUUGACAAAACCCUUGACAAUACCUAUGCAGACGAGCUAAUGAAAGAGUGUCCCUUAAGUGCAAGCCCUUCUGUUACAGUUAACAAUGAUCCUGAAACAUCCAUGGUCUUUGACAACCAGUACUACAGAAAUCUUCUCACCAACAAAGGGUUGUUCCAAUCUGAUUCUGCUCUGCUAAGUGACAAUAGAACAAGGAAAUUUGUGGAGGACUUGGCAAAUGAUCAAGAGUUUUUCUUUGAAAGUUGGGGCCAGUCUUUCUUAAAGCUCACUAGUAUUGGAGUCAAAACUGGUGAUGAGGGUGAAAUUAGAAGUUCUUGUGCAUCAAUUAAUGCAUAAAAAUAUAUAUUAUAUAAAAUAGUGCAGCAACCAAGGUUCUCUAAGCAUAAUGGAAAAUAAAAAACAGCCACAAAGUUUUUAUACCAUGUAAACAAAAACACAACUUAUGUAGACGACUUUGUUGUGUUGAUCUACCGGUUUUCUUAAUUCUUUCUUGCCAUCUGA